AUGGAGAGCAUUCAGCGGUGGGCCGCAUCGGUUGUGGACACGGGCCCUUGCAGGACGGCGCAGCCUUUGGUGGACAAUGCCUGCUUAUCCCGGGCCAAUAGGGACAGCUGGACCAACAGCGUGUUCUGCAGGGAGGUCUGCGUGGCUCAGCAAGAGGAUCCAGAUGCGACCCUAAUCUCGAGUGGGUUCGAUUGGCCACUAUAUGUGACGCUGAAGGAGGCAAGAGCUGAGGAUCUACUGCAAGUAAACCCCCACGCUGCAAUCACUUCCUAUUCGGAGUGGCGCUCGAAAUUCAGCGAAGGACAGUACUUGACAUUGCUGUUUUACCAUGCGUUUAUGUUCCUGGAAGUCGAAGGUGGCCUUGCCAUUUGCACUGAGAAGUACAACGACAAGCUGGAGCUGAUGUACGGCGAGCUCGACACGCUCUGUGCUUUUGGGAGAAGUCAUCGCGCCACAGGCGAGCCACGGAAGCCAAGCUUGCAGCACUGCCAAGUUGACCUCGUCGGCCAGGUUGUAACACUUCAAGACCUGGUCGAUUGGAUUUGUGGCCCUUUGGCCAUGGUUUGGCGACCAUAUUGCUUGAUCAACAGCAACUGUCAACAUUAUGCCCGAGACUUGAUUCAGUUCCUGCAUGACAAGCGUCUCGCCGAGAACCUGAAAUCCGAUCGCGAGGUGGUCCUUUCAGCGGUUCAAUGUGAAGGUUGCCGUCUGAAGCAUGCCACUGAGAAGCUGCAGGAUGAUCGCGCUCUGGUCCUAGCAGCCAUCUCUUCAGACGGAGCUGCUUUGGAGUACGCCUCGAGACGGUUGCGCUGCGACAAGGCGCUGGCUUUGGCCGCGGUUGCGAAGUGCGGUGUGGCCUUGCAGUUUUGCUCGGCGUCCCUUCAAGGAGACGUGGAUGUCGUAUUGAAGGCCGUGAGCCAAGAUGCAGCAGCAGUACGAUUUGCAUCAGUUGAGAUGAAGCGGAAUCGUUCUGUCAUCGAAGCUGCUGCAACGGACAUGUCCGGAAGCAUUGACUGGCUUCGCGUUUUCAGCUGUUCAGAAGUGGUUGAAGACAGAGAUGUAGCUGAAACUGCUAUAGGACUGGAAUGGCGGGCUGGUACAUACAUCUCGGACGGUUUCCGUUCUGACAUGCAAUUCAUGGAUCGUGCUGUUGCCCUUAAUGGCCUGGUGCUUCAACUUGCUCCGGAGAAGUUGCGACGGCAAGCAUCGACGGUGCUGCGAGCUGUCCGCGAGAAUGGCCUUGCGCUCCAGUUUGCUGAUGAAACGCUACGGGCUGAUCAGCGAGUCGUUCGAGAAGCUGUCCUGCAAAAUGCAAUGGCUCUGGCCUUCGCAUCUGAGGCCCUCCGCGAGCACCGCGACCUGGUCCUCACGGCUGUGGUCAGGAAUGGGCGCGCGUUGCAGUUUGCCUCGGAGGGUCUGCAGCAGGACCAAACCCUCGUUCUCACUGCGGCCAGGCGCUUCCUCUUCGCUGACUGGGCCUGGUUCUUUGAGGAGAAGGCCAUCAAAGACAACCGCCACAUUGCCCUGGCUGCUGUCCACAUAGAUGCCAAUGCCUUGCCGCACACGGGUCGGCUGGGCGACAAAGAGGUGGUACAGGUGGCAUUGCAGCAGCAUGGCCAGAUGUUGGAGCUGACGACGGAGGAUCUACAGGCAGACCGAAGUGUUGUGCUUGUGGCUGUUGCCGCAGACGGCACUGCCCUCCGCUUCGCUUCGAGCUCGCUGCGUGGCUGUUGCAAGGUCGUAGCUGUGGCUGUCCAGCAAAAUGGUCUGGCCCUGCAGUAUGCGGAGCCCAGCCUGCGGCACGAUUCGGAGCUUGUGAAGCUCGCCGCUCGAAGGUGGUGGACCUGGGACUGGAGCCACCUCUUCACAGCUGAUGUGUUGCGGAAUGACCGGGACGUGGUUCUCGCAGCAGUCAGCCUGGAUUGGCGGGCUUUAGAGAGUGUCGGGGAGACCAUGCAAGAAGACAUCGAGGUGGUUGCUGCUGCCGUUACGCAGAACCUUGGCGCUAUGCGCUUCGUAGCGCGGUCGCUGCUCAACCGCCGUGCAGACAUGCUAGUCGUUCUCGCCUGCAGAGGUGCAGCAUUGCAGUUUGCUUCAGAGACUUUGAGAUCAGACCGUGAGGUUGUCCGGAUCGCGGUUUCGCAGGAUAGUGGGGCACUGCAGUUUGCCUCGGAGGAACUUCGUCGAGAUAGCGAGCUGGCCUCCCUUGCCGCAGCCCGAUGGAGUCCAUGGUCAUUCCGCAGCUUCUCGCGGUGA